UUCAAUCAGUUGAAGUUCGCUAGUCUGGUUGGAUCAUCAACUCUGAGGCUAGCACAUAUGUGAGGGUCGUGUGUACGCUUCUCUGAAAGUUUUCUUAACCAUUUCUGAGCUCAAGUAUUUUCGGAAGUGUUAUGGAACUUUUAAGGCGUGCCUUGAUUUAGUUUUAUAAUAAUUUUUGUCAUAAUUUUAUAUAAAUAUUUACUGUGAAAUUACAGAAGUGAUAUUGUGGUAUUAGAGUAGUCCAGAGAAGAGUGGAAAAUAUUCGUACUAAUUGAAUCGCCAAUCAAAGUGAAAACGACAAAAGACGUCACAAGUGUUACAUUACCGCAUUAAUAACAAUAAAAUGGUGCGGCCGAACGUUUUAGUGGUGAUUUUGGGAUCGCUGUUGGGCAUCGCACAAUGUACAAACUACUAUACCGUCACUGCUCCGGGUACAAUUCGUUCAAAUACUCCGUAUAAUGUAUCUGUUACAACACAUAAUUCUGAUAAGCCAAUCAAAUGCAAAAUUGAUAUAACCGGCCCAGAUUACACUGAUUCCCAAACAGUCGAAGUUGAACCGCAUACAACACAAAUCGUGCAAUUCAAUGUACCUAAAAUUCCGAGUGAUGAUAAUGAAUACAAGAUCAAAGUCGAAGGAUCUGGAGGAGCAGAAUUCAAGGAGGAGUCUGUUUUACGUGUAGCUAAGAAAUAUAACUCAGUUCUCAUUCAAACUGACAAGGCUCUCUAUAAACCUGGCGACUUAGUUCGCUACCGUGUUUUAGUUUUGGAUUCGGCAACUAGACCAGCGAAAAUCACCUCUCCAAUUGAUAUCCAGAUAACUGAUGGAAAACAAAAUAUCAUUAAACAAUUGAAGAACAUCCAAUUGACAACAGGAGUGUUCUCAGAUGAAAUCCAACUAUCAGAACUGCCCGUUCUGGGAAAAUGGAAAAUAAACGUUGAUAUCGAUGGUGAAACCCGAGACAAGGAAUUUGGUGUAGAGGAGUAUGUACUACCCAAAUUCGAAGUUAUUGUCGAUGCUGAAAAACACGCAUAUUUCGAAGAUGGAAAAAUUCGCGCUACAAUUCGAGCCAAAUAUACUUACGGAAAACCAGUAAAGGGAACAGCAGAAGUUACUGUCGCUCCCAAACAUUCUUACAUGUUUGCAUCAGGCGCUGCCAUUCAGGGAGAAACUAAAAAAACAGUGCCCAUUGAUGGAAAAGCUCCAGUUGAAUUCGAGUUACUAUUCGAUAGGAAAAAUGACUGGGAUAAACAAAUGACGGUUACAGCUGUAGUCGAGGAGAAACUUACCGGAAAUAAGCAAAAUGGUUCAGCAGACGUAACAGUACAUCGAGAUAAAUAUGAAAUUCGAGGAGAGGAUAUUUCAUAUACUUUCGAGCCAGGCAAGCCAGUCACAUUCAAAGUUAAAGUUAUACAAAAGGAUGGAACGCCUGUUCGCGACUCUAAACAACCACUCAAGGUCAGCAUCUCAAGAGGAUACAAUGAACCUAAUACAAACGAAACUGAGCAUCAAUUAGACGAAAAUGGAGAGGCUGCAUUCAGUUUGACAUUCCCCGAUAUUGAAUUUGUUUCACUCAUUGGAAAAUAUGGUAAUGUUGAAAGUCAUUUCGCUCACUUACGGAAACACACUGAAGUCCUAAACCCACCAAGGCCGUUUUUCCCGCCCCACGAUGAACAAACUCCAUUGAAAGCCCAAAUUAAAACCGACAAGCCUAGUUUGGAUAAGGAUGUAGAAGUGGAAGUAACAUCGAGCAAGGAGUUAGAUCAUAUUUCAUACCAGAUUAUCGGAAAAGGGAAUAUCCUUAAAUCAGACAUCAUCAAAGAUCUGCCAGACAAAAAACGCCACACAUUCACAGUCAAACCCACCAUCGAGAUGGUACCAAACGCCCAUUUGUAUAUUCAGUCAAUCAAAGACGGCGAACUUUUGUGGAGCGAAACAAUAAUGGAUUUAGGAGAAAACCUAAAAAAUCAGAUCAAAAUUGAAACAGCCGAAGAAGUCAAGCCUGGCGAGGAUGUGAAUAUUAAGGUGAAAACUAGUCCGAACUCUUUCGUUGGACUCCUUGGAGUAGACCAAAGUGUUUUAUUGCUUAAACAAGGUAAUGAUUUGAGUAAAAACGAUAUCUUCAGUGAGCUCCGCUCUUACGAAGGCUACACUCAUUACUCUCGCUACGGAAGUCCUGGAAAUCAAGCUGGUGUAGUUACGUUCACAAACGCUAAUUACACAUUGCCACCACGACGUUGGAUCCAACCAAUUUUCUUUCGUGGGAGAUCUGGAUUCUUAGCUGCACGAUAUGUAGGAUUCAGAAGUCUGAUUAACACUAGAAAAGGAGAUCAUCGUGUGCAUUCGAAAAAUGCAGUGCAACCAAAGCAUAUUCGAUUGGAUUUUACUCAAGUUUGGCUGUGGGAACAAGCAAAUGCUCAAAAUGCUAACGGCGAACUUGUGAUUCAAAAGAAAGUCCCAGAUACAAUCACAUCAUGGGUUAUUACUGGCUUUUCUUUGGAUGCGGAAAAUGGUAUUGGACUUACCGAUGAAGCUACGAAACUAAAGGUUUUCCAGCCCUUCUUUGUGUCAACCAACCUUCCUUAUUCAGUCAAACGAGGAGAGGUGAUCGCCAUUCCAGUGAUAGUUUUCAACUAUCUAAACAAAUCGUUAGAGGUUGAUGUGGUCAUGGAAAAUCCACAUGAUGAAUUCGAUUUCACAGAAGCCACCAAUGAAAUAAUCGACAAUCCAAAGCACGAUUUGAAACGUAGCAAACAUACUACGGUGGCUCCACAAAGUGGUGAAUCACUUUCAUUUAUGAUUCGCCCUAAAACCGUUGGGCAUAUUUCUAUCAAAUUGGUUGCUACUUCUCCGUUAGCUGGUGAUGCUGUUUUGAAGAUGUUACAAGUUGAUCCCGAAGGCGUGACAGAAUUCGUGAAUAAAGCUGUACUCAUUGAUUUACGCGAUGCCACCGAACAAAAGGAAGAGCUAAAGGUCGAAGUUCCAGAGAAUGCAGUACCGAAUUCUACACAUAUUGAAGCAACCGUUGUAGGAGACUUGCUUGGACCAACAAUCAAGAAUUUGGAUAGUUUGGUUCGCAAGCCAUAUGGAUGUGGUGAACAGAAUAUGGUGAACUUUGUACCUAAUAUCCUCGUCAUGAGAUAUUUGGAGAAUAUCGGAAAGCUCACACCCGAAAUUGCCGACAAAGCAAGAAAAUUCAUGGAAAUAGGUUAUCAACGCGAACUGACCUAUAAACACGAUGACGGAUCCUACAGUGCAUUCGGCAAAAGCGACAAGAGUGGUAGCACUUGGCUAACAGCAUAUGUUGCCCGCUCAUUCCGGCAAGCUGCAAACUAUAUUGCUAUCGACGAAAACAUUAUCAAAUCAGCAUUGGAAUUCUUAGCUAAACAUCAAGCUGAAAACGGUAGCUUCCCAGAAGUGGGAAGGGUGAUUGAUCAUGACCAUGCUACGGAAAAUGACAACGGAGUUGUACUAACCGCAUUCACAGUUCUUGCUUUCUUGGAAAAUGCUAAAAAAUAUCCAGAAUACAAUUCAAAUGUUGAGAAAGCUCUGAAAUUCAUUGACAAAAACACAGAUGCAUCCGGUGAAGUUUACGGUCUGGCAAUUGCAGCGUAUGCGAUGAAUGUUGCAAAGACUCCAUCAAGUGAAGCCUUCAUUGAAAAAUUAGAAAAGCGGGCAACAACCGAUGUUGGUCGUAAAUGGUGGGCAAAACCAGAACCCCAAGAAGAUAAAACAAAGACGAACUUCUGGUUUUGGAAACCACGAAGUGCCAAUGUGGAAACUACUGCUUACGGGCUACUGACUUAUUUGGAGAGCGGACGUGUGGCUGAGUCGCUACCGAUUCUCAAAUGGUUGAUUGGACAGCGAAACAGUAACGGCGGAUUUGAAUCCACUCAGGAUACCGUGGUUGGAUUAUCGGCAUUGAUUAAAUUUGCUGAGAAGUUCUCUGCCAAAGAUCCCGCCAUGACUAUAGAGUUCAAUUACGAUGGAGAGAAAUCCACAGCAAAUGUCGAUAAGGAUAAUGCUAUUGUAUUACAAUCAUACGAGCUCCCACCCACAGUUCGCAAAGUAGACGUAAACGCUAAGGGCAAUGGUAUCGCGCUUGUUCAACUCUCUUGCAGAUAUAAUGUUGACAACACCGAUUCUUCUCCUGGAUUCAAAGUCGAGCCUAGUGUUGAUCCCGAAUCUAAUUCUGAUUUCUUGAAGCUGAAGGUUUGCGCAAGCUACUCUGCGCCGGACGGACAACCAAAGGAGUCUAAUAUGGCUGUGAUGGAAGUUAAUCUACCAAGCGGUUUCACUGUUGACCAAGACGGACUUGCAGACAUUGAAGGAACAGAAAGCGUGAAGAAAGUAGAAACAAAGAACGGUGAGACAGUUGCCGUCAUCUAUUUCGAUAGUCUUACUAGCGAGAGCGUAUGCCCGGUUGUGAAAGCAUUUAAGACGCACAGAGUUGCUCAGCUCAAACCUGCUGCAGUUGUUGUUUAUGACUACUAUGAUGACACACGUCGUGCACGAGAAUUUUACAGCCCACCAGAAUCGUCGCUUUGUGAUAUUUGCGAAGGUGAAGAAUGCGGAACUGGGUGCCUUAAAAAGGAGAAAAACUAAGCAGAAGUCUACUUUAAGAUAAUAAUGGAUGGAUAUAGUUCUCUCAAAAUUUAUUUUAAUAUGAAAUUUUCACAAUAUAGAUACCUACACAUAAAUGAUAUUAUUUUCGUCCAUUUUAUUUUUUAUUGUCAAUAUCAACAAGGAAAACAGUGUUAAAAAUAAGAAAUUUGAAAAUAAAAAUAAAUGAAAAAUAAUCUAUAAA